AUGAGAAGCGAAGGGCAUAGCCAUAACAAGUUCAUGCGGAUGAUUUCAGUCCCCUUGAAAGCGUUGGGAAAAGCCAGGGAUCUGUAUGUUAGAAGUUUGACAAGCUGUGCUUCAAAUGUCAGCUAUGGACAUGCCGCAGAACAAUACUCGGGGUUGCCCAGGAGCUUUAGUGUAAGCUCGGUAACCUCCAAUGACAACGAUGAUUUUAGAGAGCUUGUUAGAGCUGCAUCUGUGAGAAGCUUGGGUCAUAAGGAUGAACUGGAUAUGCUUUUUCGACGACGACAACAACAACAACCGAGGGUGCGGAUGGGAUCAAAAGGGUUGCCAAAGAGCUGCAGCGUUGCGAUGGGAAGGAUUGAUGAAGAAAACCCUUGUGAGUUUGAAGAAAACAAAGCUGUUGUUGGUGAUAAGAAGUUAGAUUUGUAG